ACCUCCUGCUACAACUACAGGGAGCAGCUUAUAAAGCGCCUGCAGGACGAACACACACACACACACACACAAACUCACACACUCCUGCUUGCUGACUCUGAAGCUGAAGACAUUCACAGGACGCAGACAUGGGAAAUGAGGCGAGACCCAAAUGGGACAGUCCCAUACAGUUUCUGCUGGCAUGCGUUUCAUAUGCAGUCGGAUUGGGGAACGUGUGGAGGUUUCCAUACCUGUGUCAAAUGCACGGUGGAGGUGGAUUCUUGAUUCCAUAUCUUAUCAUGCUUGUUCUGGAGGGUGUUCCCUUAUUCUGCAUGGAGCUUGCCGUUGGUCAGAAGAUGCGUCUUGGUAGCAUUGGGGCAUGGAGUGCCAUGAAUCCGUAUUUGGGAGGAGUGGGUCUUGCCAGUGUUGUGACAUCCAUGUAUCUGUGUCUCUAUUACAACGUCAUCAAUGCAUGGAGUUUCUGGUACUUCUUUAAUUCAUUUCAAUCAGUCCUGCCGUGGUCGGACUGCCCGGUCAACGCCAACCAAACAGGACCUCUGGAGGAGUGUGAAAAAGCGACACCCACCCAGUAUUUUUUCUAUAGGGAAACGCUUGACAUUUCAUCUUCUAUAAAUGUGAAUGGAGGCAUUCAUACAAGCCAGGCACUUUGCCUCCUUCUUGCCUGGAUAAUUAGUUACCUGUUUGUAAUCCGAGGAGUGAAGUCAACCGGAAAGGUGGUGUACUUUACAGCCACGUUUCCAUAUGUGGUUCUGUUUAUCUACCUGAUCCGCGGUGUUACUCUUCAUGGUGCCCUCAAUGGUAUCCAGUACAUGUUCACACCAAAGAUGGAACAGCUUGCCAACCCUAAUACAUGGAUAAAUGCAGCCACUCAGAUCUUUUUCUCUCUGGGUUUGGGUUUUGGAUCACUCAUAGCGUUUGCCAGCUACAACGAGUACAACAACAACUUUGAGCGCCAAGCCAUCGCCGUGUCCAUCAUCAACAGUGGAACAUCCAUCUUUGCCAGCAUCGUCACCUUUGCCAUCUAUGGGUUUAAAGCCACUCUCAACUUUGAGAACUGUCUAGAGAGGUCACGCAUGCUGCUGCUGAAUACAUUUGAUCUAGCAGAGGACAGCAUCACCAUUGACACUGUCUUUGACUGGAUUAAGAAGCUCAACGCAACAUACCCGGAGCAGUUUGCUCAAAUCGAAGACAAACUGGAAGUCUGUGACCUGGAGAGUGAACUGGACACUGCAGUGGAGGGGACUGGCCUGGCCUUUAUAGUGUACAGUGAGGCCAUUAAAAACAUGCCGUUGCCGCAGCUGUGGUCAGUGCUGUAUUUCUUCAUGCUCCUGCUGUUGGGAAUGGGCAGCAUGCUGGGCAACAUCACUGCCGUCAUCACGCCAAUGAGAGACUUCAAGAUCUUUUCCCGUAUGAGCACCGAGUUGUGUAAUGGUCUGGUGUGCAUGUUCUGUCUCCUGCUGGGCCUCAGCUUCACCACCACAUCAGGGAAUUACUGGUUUACCAUUUUUAAUGAUUAUGGGGCCAAUUUCUCGCUGCUGUUUGUCGUCCUCAUCGAGAUCAUAACUGUUAGCUACAUCUACGGAAUGAACAGGUUUGAAAAAGACAUAGAAGACAUGAUUGGUCAUCGUCCAAACUGGUACUGGAAAAUCAUGUGGAAAUUCGUCAGUCCCCUACUUCUUGUCGCAGUAUUUAUCGUCUACAUUAUCAACUACAUACAAGGAGGGACACCCACCUACCAGGCAUGGGACAAAGAGCAGGGUAAGACUGUGGUGACGGAAUAUCCUAUCUUUGGUCAAGUCUUCAUCGGGCUGCUGCUGGUGUCCUCGGUCAGCUGUGUUCCCCUCACAGCUCUGUAUGUAUUCUGCAAGAAGAGGAAACAGGGACAUCAUGAUAAGAGGGAGAAUGUGCUGAGCACAGUGUCUGCUUAGUGACCCUGUGACCCCUGACCUCCACACACAACACAACAUUUGUUUCCUGCAGUGUGAAAGACACUAGCAUAUGAUAAGUGGUCAUUUGUGUUUCUUUACUUCAGGCUUCUGUUUUGCCCCGCCCCCCAUCACCAAAUUUCCUGUUGCUGAAAGCAUUUGAGGUUCGUUCUCCUCUUGACAGAGGACUUCUUUUGUGUGCAAACAAUACGAUACAGUGCUCUCUUGAAAGAGGAGACCGUUGAAGGCAUGAGGGACACAAAGUCCAGACAAAUAUCGAUAUUAAAUAUCGGAAAUUUCUGCUCCUCAAAAAGAGAACCUAAUCUGGUCAAUGGGCUGCAUUUAUAAACCUUCUUUUCGUCUCUAAAAGGCCACACAAAGCACUUUUACGCUAAUGGUGCCCAUUCACGCACAAAAUGCAGUUUCUGCUACUGCAUACGUCUCAUGCACACACCCGUCCAAUGCCAAGGACACAUUGACGUGUGGAAUGGAGGAUCCAAGGACUCACAUCCUUCUCUACCUACUGAGCCACAGCCUCUCCAGUGUAUGACUGUAUAUAUACACUAUAUGGACAAAAGUAUUCGGACGCUAUACAGUACUUUAAUAUGGAGUCAGUCCCCCUUUUUCAACUAUAACAGCUUCCACUCUUCUUGGAAGUUUCUAUGUGAAUUUGUGUCCAUUCUUUCUGUAGAGCAUUGAUGAGGUCAGGCACUGAUGUUUAACAAGAAGACCUGGCUCACAAUCUCGGUUCCAGUUCAUCCCAAAGGUGCUUGAGGGGGUUAAAGGGUUGUCUUCAUAGUCCUUGCUUUGUGUACUGGGACACAGUCAUGUUGGAAUAGAAAAGAGCAUUUCCCAAACUGUAUAGCAUUGCAUUGUCCAAAGAUUUAAGAUUGUCCUUCAGUGGAGAUAAGGGGCCUAACCCAAAGCCUGAGUGAAACCCCUGAAUUCAAUGUGACCAAAUACUUUUGUCCAUAUAGUGUAGCUGCUUUAAGACAUGCACUGAAAUCUAUAUAUAUACUCCCUAUAGACCAAUCUCCAUAAUAUUCAAUGUGAGAAACUCUUCAUAAUCUGUAGCCAGUGACUUGCCAAGUGGGUUUUUUCCUUUCCAUGCUCGAGCCAUGUGUCACUCCCUCACCCAGAUUCUCCUGCUGUUGUGUGAACGCGUGUUUCACCCAAGACAAUCUCCCUCUGUGUUCAUCAUAAUAUGUGAAUGUCAAAGUCUGGAUAAGGUCUGGACCCAGUUCUCCAGGUGUGUCUGGAAACCUGCGCGUAAGUUACUCUUUUGUGCGAGAUUCCACUCGGUCCACUUAAAAAUAUUCCAUUUCACAGCAUUCCAUGAAGCAGGAAAAAUUCCUCAUUCAGUCUGUUUGCAGUUUCUGCACCUUAACCGUGGAACAUGUUAUUAAUGUAGAUACAAAUUUGUUAAAUUGUGCAAAUAUCUAUGGCAAAUAUAGCUAUAAUUUUCAUACUAGUUAACUCAAUGGUAAUAAUAUAUAGGUACAGUAUAUAGAUGUACAUACAAAAUGUAGCUUACCUUAUUGGCUGCAGUGCUUGAGUAGGUUAGAUAUUUUUUGUAACCACGAAAACUUUUAAUUUGUGUCAAGUUUAUUUGUAGAAAUAAAAAACAUUGUUGCAGUGGGAUUAUAAUUCAGCAGGAGGAUUCAGGUGUGUGUGUCCCUCUAUUGCCACUAGAACCAUUUUAUUGCCUUACUUACUUCUGGAAAUAUUUUUGAAAAUGAAUGGUGAUGUAUUGAUGUAUGAAAACUAUCACAUUUGUAGUACUUUUUGAAGAAAAGAUCUUUGCUUGUCGUUUGUUUUGUUUGUUUGUUUUAAAAAGGCUGACAUUUACCACCACACAUACCCUCUCCACAACAAAGCACAUCAGGUCAUUGACCAGUAUUAUAACGUACAGAGCCAAAUACAAAUGUAACACAACACCACUGAACGUGUAAACUAUGUAGAUAUUGUAAUAAUAUGUCGUGCAAAGGCCGAAUGAUUAGACGCUCAAUAAACAUGUGACUUUUCCUUA